ACAUGAUUUAUAUAUUGGUUUUCGGAAUUUAUCCAAUAUGAAAAAUUUAAAACUGAUCAAAAGAAUAUUUAAAACAGAAGAAAGCGUGAAGAAUGUACGUCGUAUUUGAGUUUAUGAAUUAUUCUCGGGUCGUUUUGGUACGCCAUUCGUUAUCGUUAAAACCAAAGCGACAAAAUAUAAGAUGACAUAUGUAUGUAAAUACCUUAUAAAUGUGGUGAAAAAUGAUGAGCGUGGUUAAAUAUUUUAUUAAAGUAUGAAAAAAAAAUAUUAAUUAAUUUUAUAAAAAUUAAAAUAUAUAUUAAAAAGUGUUUGCAAUUCAGUUGUUUGAGUUAAAAGUGAAUAUUUGGCACAAAUUAUUAUCAUUCCAUUCGAAUCAAUUGAAUGAAGUGCAUUUAUUAUCGUUUGCAUACAAUGUCUACUAAAUGCUAAAAUCGUGUUUUCAUAAACUGAAUCAUUACAACAAGAAGUGAAAACAAGUUAAAUUUUAUACUUUCAAUAAUUUAAUUUAAUCCCUUCAUUAAAGAUAAAUACACCAUCGUGAAAAGUUAAUAAUUAAUGUAAACAAUACAAGUGUUUUUCGAAGCAUUCAAAAAUUAAAUUUCAAAUAAAUUUUUAUUUCUCCAACUUGUUGAAAUUGUUCUCUCAUAAUGAGUCGAUAUCAUAACGGUAGUAAAGCCCCACUGGUUGUCGGCUCAAGUAGUUUAUCCAAGAAAAUAGUUGGAACGCAUAAAAUGGGGCAUGGUAGCGAUUAUUACAACUAUAUUACUGAACCGGUCGCGAGUUUUAGUACAGUAAGUGGUUAUAGUAAACGUCAAAGAGCAGGUUCACCCGAUUCAGCAGCUUCUAAAAGUAAACGUCAAAAAAUUAUUGUCGCUUCAAGUAUUGCAAAUACAAAACAUCAAACUGUAACAAAUUAUAAAAAUCGAUCUAUAAUAGAGAAUCAUUACAGCAACAAUAAUAACAAUAACCACCAUUCAAAACGUUAUCCUAAUAAUUCAGCAUCUUAUGUGCGAUUGGAACAUAUACAAACAAGCAAUAUAUAUAAUAAAACACAUCUGAAAGAAUAUGAACAGCAGCAACAGUUAAUAGUUAAUGGUAAAAGGGACAAUGAUAUAGUCGAAGUACCUGACAGUGAUAGUGAUGUGGAAGUAUCCGAUAAUUGUAAUACGAGUAGUACAAGUAAUGGUUAUAAACAAACUUCCAACUUACCUGUUAGACGUUCGACUACGAGUAGCAGCAGCAGCUCGAGUAGUAAUGACUCUGUUGUCCACAGUCAAAAACAACAAAAAAGUCCGAAUGUUAAGGGAAAAGAAAGUAGUAUUUCUCCAAAGAAUGAAAACGGAGAAUCAAAUCAAGUGGACCCAGAACGUUUACUACGCGAGAUUGAGGAAGUAACGCAAGUUUUCACAAAAUGUCGAGCAAAUGAGGAAGAUAAAGUCAAUUUGGAUCAUUUCCAAAUAUUGAGAGUACUUGGGACUGGUGCAUAUGGGCAAGUUUAUCUGGUGCGUAAAGUGGGAGGACAUGAUGACAGACAAUUGUAUGCAAUGAAAGUACUGAGAAAGGAUACCGUGUCACAGAAGAAGAAAACUGCAGAGCAUACAACAACUGAACGACAAGUUCUCGAAGCUAUACAACAAAGUCCGUUCCUAGUUGGCAUGCACUACGCUUUUCAAACAGACUCAAAGCUUUACAUAAUAUUAGAUUAUAUUGCUGGUGGUGAACUUUUUACACACUUAUUCAAAGCGGAACACUUUUCAGAAGCUACGGUUCGAAUAUAUAUAGCUGAAGUUGUGUUAGCUCUAGAACAUUUACAUCAGCUAGGUGUGAUUUAUCGCGAUAUUAAGUUAGAAAAUAUUUUAUUGGAUCAUAAUGGACAUAUAGUUAUAGCAGACUUUGGAUUAUCCAAAAUAUUUAAACCGGAUUCCGAUCAUCGGACACAUAGCUUUUGUGGCACUUUAGAAUAUAUGGCACCAGAAAUAAUUCGUUCUGGCGCAAAUGGGCAUGAUCUCGCAGUUGAUUGGUGGUCAGUAGGUGUUCUCACAUAUGAGUUACUUACAGGUUCCUCACCUUUCACGGUUUCAGCAGAACAAGAAAAUGCACAGAAUGAAAUUUCACGUCGUAUACAAAAAGCAGAACCAAUGUUACCAUCCUCACUUAGUGAAACAGUUAAAGAUUUCAUAUUGAAAAUGUUGCAUAAAGAUCCAAAAAAGCGUUUAGGGGGAAAUAAUAAAAAUGCUACUGAAAUUAAGAGCCACCCAUUUUUUAAGGGUGUUGAUUGGACUGAGUUAAGAAGUAAACGGCGGAGAGCACCAUUUGUACCAACUAUAGAGCAAGAAGAUGAUACACAAAAUUUUGCUGAAGAGUUUACUACAUUGGAAGCCAUCGAUUUACCUGCACCAGCUCCACCAAAUGCACACAAAUUAUUUCGUGGUUAUACGUACGUAGCGCCGCAACAUAUGCGUAAACGUUUAUGCAACUAUUCAAUUGAGUACAAUAAUACUCCAAUACUUAACCCACCAGAUAAACCAAAUAACUUGAAACUUGGUCCAGUUCAUAGUUAUGGAACAUUUGGCAACUGUCAUAUUGUUUCUGACUGUGAUACUGAUACCCUGUAUAUAGCAAAAGUGAUUCCCAUGUCAAAAUACCGAGCGUCCGAAGUAGAUGCGUUAAUAUCAUGUUGUCUUGAUGGUCAUGAAUCAGUCUGUGAAUAUAUUAGUGUUUAUAAAAAUGGAUGCGACGUCUGGAUUUUAAUGGAGUUUGUAUGUGGUGGUGAAUUAGUACAACAAAUGCAUAUUGGUCUAUCAGAAUUCGAAUGUUGCAAUUUGUUUAAACAGAUAUGUGAUGCGCUUAGAUUUAUUCACUCUAAAAAUUUUAUACAUGGUGAUAUAAAACCAGAAAAUAUAUUAUUUUCUGAUCUGGAGACGCAAUUCAUAAAAAUUGUUGAUUUUGGAUCCGCAUGUUACAAUAAUCAAUUAAGUUGGAAAGACUCUCCUAGAUAUACACUAGAUUAUGCACCCCCAGAAGCGUUAAAGGAUACCGAAUACGCUAUUUAUUCAAAAGCUUUCGACAUUUGGUGUCUUGGUGCCACAUUAUAUGCUAUGUAUAUAGGUCAUGCCCCAUUCAGAAAAGGUCACAACGACAGUCAUUUAAGCGAAAAUACGUUAAGAGAACGAAUUCUUAAUGAAGAUUUUUACACGGAAAGUGAAAAAUGGCAAAAUUCGAGUCCUGAAUUCCAAGACUUAAUACGUUCCUGUUUAAUAAAAGAUCUAAAAAAACGUAUAACAUUAUUUGAAGUACUUGAACAUUCUUGGUUUAAUAUAAUGAUCGAUUCACUGGUUGAAGUAACCGGUGAAGAAUUAACAGAAGAAGAUGAAGUCGAAAGAGAAGGAGAAGGAGAAGAAGAAGAAGAAGAAGAAGGACUUGAAGACGUUGAAGAAGGAGAAGAGGAAGCUGAAGAAGAAGGCGUAGACGAAGAAGAUGGAAUGGAAAAGGCAAUAGCAGAAAGAGAUAUUUCUAAUGAAAAUCUAUCAAAUGAAGAGUUAUCAAAUGAUGAGUUAUCAGAUGAAGAACAAUCAGAAACAGAACUUACAGAAGAGUUUAUCCCAGAAGAUAGAGAUGAUGAGUCUGUUGAUGAAGAAAAUAUAGCACCAACACAAGAAAGAACAAAGGUAGAGAAUGAUUGUGUAAAAGUUGGAUCAGAGGAGCCAAUAUUGGAUAGAAGUGAAAUAGAAGAAAAUAUGACUGAAAAAGAACAUACAGAUGAAUUUAUAGAUGAAUCUUAUGAAGAAGAAACACCGGCAGAAGAAGCUAUAAUAACCACUCAACCAAUCGAUAAGAAAUCUUGUGAUAUACAACAACAAAAUAGAGAAAAUUUGUCCGGAGAUGUAGAAAUGACAGAUCACGAACUUUCCUUAGUGGAAGAGAUAUCAGGUAUUAUUCUUAUGGAAGACGCAAAUGAAGAAGAAAGCUUAGAAGAAAGUUCAGAAUUAAAUAAGACUAGUAGUAUAAAUGAAAUAGAAAUUGAUAAGGUGACCGAUAUGACUGAAAUAACAGAAAUUGAAGAAGAGAACGAUAUAACUCUGGCAACUAAGGAGAAGACUAAUAUAAUUCAAGCAGCAGAAACAACUAAAGGAAAUCAAUUGAGCGUAUACAUUGAAGGAUUCUCUAAUGAACACAGCGAACUGAUUAAUGUAAUACCACAAGAUGCAGUUUGUGAAGAUAAUCGUGAUGGAGUUAACCAGAAAUUUAGUCCUUUAUGUACUGAAAAAACGACAUCUACAUCAAAUAGUGUUCAUAAGAGUAAAGGAGUUGUUUUAAAUAAUACUGUCGAAGAGUAUACUUUGGGUUUUGAUAAUGUAUAUAAUUUAAAUCUUGAAUUGGUUAAUAGAAUAUGUUUGAAUAGGCAUGUACAAUUGUCUCCACCAUAUGAAACGCCAGAAUGUGAAGGAUUCCGUAAACAUAAAAAUCAACGUGUCUAUAACAAAACAAGAAGAAUGAACACGUAUUUGAGCAGUAUACAAAUGAUUUUAAAGCGAUUAAAAUUACCUAGAUCUGUUUAUAGCAAGCGAUUACAAAGAAGUCAAUCUCUGGAUGAACUUGAAAAUGUAAAUCAUGUUAGAGCAGUAUUUCCGGAACGUCCUGUAAAACAAAACAAAAAACACAUAAAAACAGAACCUAAAGUAAUAAUUCCAACAAGAUUUCAACCAUUUAGAAUUAAACCAAGAGAACAACGAAUGCUUAAUGUGUUCGAAUGAUUAAAAGAAAGCCUAGGCAAAUUAAUUGUAUCGUAUUUUUUAAUUAAGAUACCGUUUUUUAUAUAUUAACAGAAUAAUUAUUUGGUGACUGAUUAUUUGUGUUUUAAAGUUUCUUAUUAAGAUUAACUAGGUAAGUUUCUAGUACAUUUCCCAGAUGUUUUCUAUUUUAAGUACUAUUAUAGAUUA